AUGGAUAACCAAAAUCUGAUAACACAUCAAAAUAAAAAACCUUUGAUUCUAAGUAUUCUAGAUGAAAAUGUUUUAUUAAAUAAUUCUACAACCAUCAAAACCAAUAAAUUCAAAAAGGAAGAAGAACCUUUGUAUUAUUUAACCAACAAUAUACAUUACAUUUUUGAAGAUGAUGAUACAGCUACUACAAGCACUCCCUAUAAUAAUAUUAACAACGACAGCGAUAAUAAUAUAGAAAACAUAAUUACCAUAGAUGUCGACAAAGAUUUUAAUUUAUUGAAUGCCGAUUUAUUAAGUGAUAAAUAUCAACUAAUAGACUGUGUCACAUCUACGACUGCCACUUCUGAUACUACUGGCACCGUUAAUAACAAUAAAAACACUGGUACACUCCAACUAAAAGUCUUAUCAGAAUUUAAAGAUUUUGUCAUUGAUCCCAACAAUACUCAAUAUGAUAUUAAUGAUUUGAUUUACAUUUAUAAAGAACAAAAUAAACAAUUACAGAAAUUACUCAAUAAAUAA